AUGGCACGACAACGUGCCAGGUCUCCUGCGCCCAAGAGCCAGCAGGUACUCGCACUCAGUCGCGUUCUCGAGAAGCCAAAGAACAGUGGCGUAGAUGUGCAGCACUUCCGCGCAACGAUAGUGGAGGACCAGAAGAAGCUUAACGGACUGAUUGCAAAGCGGAAGCUCCAAGCCAACAAGCAAGAGCAACGCCACCGCGAUGAACUCGCAGCCACCAUCCUCGAAGCCCUGCGAACCCCGAAUCAACCCGUGAAAAAUGGGUCAGCAAACUUCAAAGGCACUCGUAUCGCUGGAAACGCAGUCUACGCCUCCGUCACCACCAUUUUGACGGCAUCCUCAGGCCUCGUGAACGAAUACCGAAGGCUAGAUGACAUGAUUACGAAAUUACGAAACGAGCAGCCUGCGACUCUGGCAGACACAUGGAAGCAAGAUGUCGAGGAUACAGACCGGCAGCUCAGGAGGGGAGCUCGCGUUGCAUUGAGAAAUGUGAAGAAGGUGCUGGGUGCUGAUGUAGAGGAUAUUGUAAUGGGUGAGGCGGAUGAAGAUGGGGACGUGGAGAUGGAGGGCGGAGAGGAGGUUGAGCUUAACUACGAGUUGAGGAAGAGUUUAAGGUAUGCGGAGAGGGGUGUUAAGAGGAUGGUGAAGGGGUUGCCCGUGGGCGAUGGAUGUUAG